AUGGAGAAUGUGUGUCCCUCCUGGCUGGGUCCUGCAUCAUGGUGGUAUGAGUUGCCAGUGAUGUGUCUCUGCUACAGUGCUGCCAUGCCAGCAAGGUAUGUGGGCAUCAAUCCUUGCUCUUGUAAAACUGAGCCUGGCCAGUUGCAGAACACAACCACUUCUCAUUCUACUCACCCUCUCAUAGACCACUUCUCACCCCUGCUCUCCCUCUCACAGACCCACUUCUCACCCUGCUCUCCCUCUCACAGACCACUUCUCACCCUGCUCUCCUUCUCACAGACCAUAUCCCUCUUACCCUGCUCUCUCUGUCUGUCUCUUUCCCUCACAGGCCACAGUCUGCUGAAGCUGCGCAAGGCUCGGCCAGACCAGCGGUGGGUUGGGGCAGCUGGCAUGGACAGUUGCAAGUAUCGCAUCUGUGGGGAGGCUGGCGCUGAGCUGACCAUUCCUGUCCCUACAGGCACCACCGUCUGGCUUGAGCAGCACCAGAAAUUGCUGGGUGAGGAUGCCACUCUCACCUUUUUCCUGAUGGGACACAUUGUGAAGCUGGAACUGAAGCUGUUGGCCGAUGUGGGUCUGGUGGGCUUCCCUAACGCUGGCAAGUCCACACUGCUGUGGGCCAUCUCCAGGGCCAGACCCAAGGUGGCCAGCUACCCCUUCACGACACUGCAGCCGACCCUGGGUGUGGUGGAGUACAGUGACAUGUGGCGGCUGACCAUUGCUGACCUGCCAAGACUCAUCGAGGGCGCCUGGGCCAACGUGGGGAUGGGGCACCGCUUCCUGCGCCACGUGGAGCGGACACACUUCCUCCUCUUUGUGGUGGACAUCAACGGCUUCCGGCUGUCACCCAAACACCCAUACUGUUCACCCCACCGAGAAUGUCAUGCUGGUCAACAGGACUAUGUGUUGUGUUGCUCCUGUGGUGCCAAACUCACAGAGAACUCAUGGGAUAACUUUGUAAACAUCUCCAUUCCACUGUCUGAGGCAUCCCAGCUGGUGACCAUCCUGGGACACCCCCACCUCAUGGUCCAGACCCUCAGGAACCCUGCUGACCUUGCUUUUGACUUGGUGACUGACUGUCAGGAGGUCAGGCUGCUCAGGAGUGGGAGAGGAUAUUUGAACCAGAAAGCAAAGCCAGCACAACCCACUUCAAAGCUUCCUUGGAGGGUUUCUAUGGACUCAUUCUAGAGAAACUGGUCACUGAGAAAUUUUCAGACUCCUCAUUGGCCUUCCCAAGCACCAGCAGUUUUAGCAGAAUGGCACAAGACAGGUAGGACAUGGUGCCUCUCGACCUCGAGCUUCUGGCUGAGCUGGAGGAGGAAGCAACCUCUCACUAUACUGAGGAGGAUAACCAGUUUACAGAGCACUGCAAGAAGAGCCUGCCUAAGCCGCCAAUACUCCCUGCUGACAGAUUUGACCGCAACAGACAGUGCAGAGGCAACUUUAGGCAUCAAGACUACAGGAAGGAAGGAGGCUGCAGGGAUCAAGGGGAGUACAGAGGUCAUGGGAAUUAUAGGGAUCGUGGGAAUUACAGGGAUCACAGGAGGGAAUAUUCUGACCACAGGCAAGGGAGGUUUGUCAGUGACCACAGAGAUCAUGAUGACAGCAGAAGGGAUAGCGAGAAGAGGAAGUACAGGUCUGAGAAGGAGAGUGAUGAGUAUGGAAGAAGGAAUUACCAGUCCAGCAAAUACUACAAUGGGUGGGGGGGGGGGGUGUCAUCCUGUUGAGUUUUGUGAAUCCAGUGGCUGGUAUAUUUAUCUUUCAUCAGGGACUUCACACAAGCUUCCACGCCAUUAAUUCUUUGACCAUUACCAAAGGUUACUGACAUUUAAUUUACAUUUAAAUGCCUGCCUGCCUGUCUGUUCAUAUCUUUCUCUCACAAUGUACUCACCAUUCACUAGUGAACAUUUAGAUUUUUAGGAAAUAUUUUUGAGCAAGUUCCUUCAUCACAAGGCAACCAUCUACUAAAAAGAAAGAAAAAUGGAAUAUAUGUUGGCAUUUCCUCGAUUGCUUUUGGUGUCAGUGUGUGACUUUCCAGAGUGACAAUACAAGUGUUAUCCCCACUACAAGUCAUGCACUAUAUAUAACAUCACUGAGUAUCUUUUCUCUCAUUUUCAUAUAAAUGUUUGUAACAUUUUCAUAUAAAUGUAUGCUAACUUUUAUGUGGACUUACUGUAAGAUUUUUUAAAAGUAAAGUAUUUUUCCAA